AUGAGUGGCGUCUUCCCAGGCAACAGCAGUCUCAUUCAGCAGUUAGAUAAGCAAGUGCUGAUGGUCUUACGCGAUGGUCGCCACCUCGUUGGGUAUCUACGAAGUUUUGAUCAGUAUUCAAAUAUUAUUCUUGAAGACACAUUUGAACGUCACGUGUCUAAAGGAUUAUUCUGUGAUAUUGAGCUCGGUCUCAACAUUAUCCGUGGUGACAAUAUUGUUCUUCUUGGUGAAUUGGACAGUGACAAGGAGCGCGAUCAGCCACACAUGAAGCGCGUUGAGUUGGAAGAGGUGCUGGAGGCUGAAGAACGGCUAAACGAAGAAGGCAACACUAGCGUCCGUCAGCAAUGGGACUUUGAACACCAGCAUUAA